AUGAGCGAACAGCAUGGGUCCUCUUGCAAUUUACCCUCAGCUCGGCAGAGCCUCGGCAGCGAUGUCGCCUCCAUGGUAUGGAAACCGCUGAACCUGCCUCUGGAUAUUUUGAAUUCCGCUAUCCAACAGCUGCCGUUGCAGAAUUUUAGCAUCGGGGAUGUAAUUGAGGUGCUUUGGGCGGUUGUGCUGCGGAAAUAUACGGGCAAUGGCCAGAUUGCCUUCAACCGCCUCGUUCAGGGCCACGCGGUGGCUUCAUGUAUUUCAAUGAACCUUGACCAAGACAAAUUGGAGUCAUUGGCAGACUUUCCGUCUCUUGCUUUGUUGAUUGCAGCCAGAAGUGACGGUGCACGAGAGCCAUUCUCCUUACAAGAGGGCAGCGACGCGGCCAGCUGUGAUACGACAGUAUGGAUCACGAGCAAACGGGACAGCAAGUAUCCGCUCCCGGCAGCGUCUUCUGGCGGCAAUGUCAUUAUUGAGAUACAGCUUGACCCACUGGAACAGAAGUCAGCGGCAACAUUCUGGUACAGGUUUCCCCGGAUCAUCGACAAUGAAGCGCGCAAUUAUGUCAGUACACUGAAACAGAGCAUGCGCUGCCUGCGUGCCGCCUACCACAUUGAUAUCCGUGAUCUUGAUUUAAUCAGUCCUGAGAAUAGAGACGAUCUUCGGCGGUGGAUGUGUUCACGUGCUGGACCGCGUGAGCCAUCCAUGUCGUUGCCCGACAUCCUUUGGAGGGCAGCCCAGACUCGUGCAGAUGCAGGCGCGAUCGAGGCUUCAGACGGUUCUUGGAGUUAUCGCGAGCUCGUAGAUGCUUGUUACUCUCUGUCUCACCACCUGCGCGAGGCGGGAGUCGAAUCUGGUGAUAUGGUUCUGCUUCUGCGAGAGAAAUCCAAAUGGACCGUCGCAGGAAUGAUAGCCAUUCUGAUGUCCGGAGCGGUAUGCAUACCCAUCGAUAUUCGUCAACCAGAAGAACGAGUGCAUAGUAUCAUCACGUCCACGAACGCCAGGUUUGUACUGACCAGCGACGCCAUGGCGACGUGGACCACGCCCACGUCAGUGAGGACGAUCUGUGUCCCCGCCUCGCCAUUGCUGUUAGACCAGUCAGGCACUGAACAAGUUCCAUAUAUCGCCCCCGAUGCGACAGCCUUCGUCUUUUUCACAUCAGGCAGUACUGGGAUCCCCAAAGGCGUGGCUCAACAACACGGUGCGGUAGCCAUGACCGCCGAACAGAUAUGUCGGGCCAUGCGAAUGGACUCCAGCACCAGAACAUUUCAGUUCUCGUCGUACAGUUUUGACGUCAGCGUCGGUGACAUCUUCGCCACAUUCUGGGCUGGUGGUUGUUUGUGUGUUCCAUCGGAAGAACAACGCCUUGACGCACUCCCGCAGACGAUCAAUUCCAUGAAAGCCACCCAUAUCUGCGUCACCCCGACAAUACUAGCGCAACUCUCCCCAAAAGAUGUGCCCUCCCUGCGUCAAGUGACGGUGGGCGGAGAAUCACUCACCCGAGAGCAACUGCAAGCAUGGUGUCCUCGCAUAGCAACAAUCUACGGCACGACGGAGUCAGUCAUCUGGGAUACCUACCACGCAGACCUCACGGUGGAUGAUUCACCCACAAACAUUGGAUGUGCCAUGGGGCCCACGACCACAUGGGUCGUUGAUCCGUUGGAUGCCAUCAAGUUAGUCCCAAUUGGGGCGGUUGGUGAACUGCUGAUCGGUGGACCUCUCUUGUCACGGGGAUACCUGUACGACGAGGAUCGGACGAAGGCAUCGUUUCUGGAGCGACCUUCGUGGCUUAUGGACUUUGUGCUGGACGACGAGGCAGGACGGCUCUACCGAACGGGCGACCUGGUCCGGUACAAUUCUGAUGGGACCAUUCAGUACCUGGGAAGAAAAGACCGGCAGAUCAAAGUGAACGGCCAGCGCGUCGAGCUUGGGGAUAUUGAGUAUGCCCUGCGGCAGAGCUUCCCUGAUGGAACGGCUUGUGCGGCCGAGAUAAUUCGACCCGAUUUGCGACAGGGCCAGGAGGUGCUGGCCGCCUUCAUCGGCGUCCCUGAUUCUGCACUAGGCGCAUCCAGCUGGUCACUGAGCAGCAUCCGCAGCAAGCUAACGAAACUGCUUCCUAUGUACAUGAUUCCUUCUGUGUUCGUCCCGGUCCAGGGUGGACUUCCGACUACUCCCACCGGGAAGGUCGAUCGACCCAGACUCCUUCAGAUGGGUACUUCUUUGACACCCGCAGAGCUCUUACAGGACCUUGAUAAUGAUUGUGAGACUCUUCGAGACCCGAUCACGUUGAAUGAGAGGUUGCUCCAGCGUCUUUAUGCGGACGCUCUGGGUAUGAGGGACUACAAUUCCGUGAGCAUGAACACCAACUUUUUCCAAUGCGGGGGCACGUCGAUUCACGCGAUGAAGCUUGUCACGCUUGCCCGCAACCAGGGCUUCUCCUUGUCCGUGAUAGACGUCUUCGAGAACCCUCGGCUAGCUGACCUGACCACUAUUUUACGACGGUCAGCGGCGGGUACAGUCAGCGGCCAAGGAACGUGCGAAUCAGUCCCGCCCUUCUCUUUGCUACCCUCGGACAUUCACUUGGAAGACAUACGGACAGUGGCCGCUUCCUGUUGUAGAACGACACCCGCGCAAGUCCGCGAUGUGUUCCCUUGCACACUGUUGCAGGAGGGCUUGCUCGCGUUGUCUUCCAAAAAUCCGGGCGAUUACAUUUAUCAGGCAGCCAUCGAGCUUCCUCCCACGUUUGAUCUUGAAGAGUUCAGAGAAGCGUACAGGUCCGCUGCAGACCGCAUUCCCAUCCUUCGUUGUAGGGCAUUUGCGCUGCCACAAGCCAACCACCGGAUUCACAUGGCCGUCAUCGAUGAACCCGAAGAAUGGCGUACUGACUCCAUACUUGACCGCUGCUCUGACACCGAUAUGCAGCAGCUUACUUCGUGCCGUCUUGGGGACCGCCUGGUAAGAUGCAGCUUGGUUGUCGAGCCCACACAGAAACAAUACUUCGUGUGGACGAUCCAUCAUGCAUUGUUCGACGGAUGGUCUUUCUCCUUAAUGUUAGACGAGAUUGAAAACCAGCUCCUUGGAGACGCGAUCUCACCUCCCCUUCCGUUCCAGAACUUCGUUCACUAUCUGCAAAAUGCCCUAGACCAGAAGGCAUGCGAGUCCUUUUGGAAAUCUCGCCUUGAAGGUGCAAUCCGACUCCAUUUCCCUCCGUCGUUGCCCUCGGUCUAUCAGCCCAGUGAGCGGAUUGCCACUGUACGCCGCGCUGUUGAGAUACACUUCCUGGAUACGGGAGUCACCCCAACUACAGUGAUCCAAGGCGCUUGGGCCGUGCUCCUUUCUCAGCACGCAGCCUCCUCAGACGUCGUCUUUGGGGCCACAGUCAUCGGUCGGCACGCGGCCGUCCCCGGCAUUGAGCAUAUCGCGGGGCCAACCAUUGCAACCGUCCCGUUUCGUGCCCAUCUGGAUUUCACCCAGCCAAUAUCAGAAUACCUCCAGCAGCUGCAGUUGGAUGCCGUUCGCACCGUGCCUUACGAGCAACUGGGGUUGUCUGAAAUCGCAAAAGUGAGCUUCGACGCAAAAGAGGCCUGCAGUUUCCAGACCUUGUUGGUGAUCCAGCCACCAGAGGAGGACAUAGGCGACAGCGACAGGCGCUUAUUCGACCGCAGUCAGGUCAAUGUCUUAGGCACAUUGCGCACCUACGCGGUGACAUUGCAGUGCUGGUUACGUGACUCGGGAUCAGCCGAGUUCCAGAUGGAGAUUGACGAGACGUUGUUGGACCGGUGUGAGGGGGAGAGACUGCUCGCUCAGCUUGAGGUGAUCCUACAGGGGCUCUGCACGGGUUCCCUUAUAGACGCAGCACUAGCGACGGUUCUGCCGUGCAGUGAGGCGGAUAUGGCACAAAUCUCGCACUGGAACGCACCAACACCGGUGCCAGCGGCAGAAAGUGUCCUCCAACUGAUCUCAAAGCAAGUUGCAGCUUACCCGGAUCGCCUCGCCGUCGAUGCCUGGGAUGGGUCUUUGACAUACCGACAGCUCGAUCUUCACGUAAACCAAUUAGGCGAACAGUUGUUGCUGCAUUUGAAUGAUAAGAUGCAGGAAUCUCAGCCCACGAUCAUUAUAUGUCUGGAGAAGUCCCAUCUUGCCGUUGUAGCCUUUCUUGCUGUCCUCAAAGCCGGAGGAGUCUGUGUCUUGGUGGAUCCGUCGCACCCGAGCCAACGAGUGCAGUCCAUCAUCAAACGAUCCGACGCAUGCCUUGCUCUAACAGAUGAAGCUCAAUCAGGCCGCUUAUCUCAAUGGACUCCCACUAUGACAAUCUCGAAAAUGCUCAACCCAUCUUCUGCCUCCAGGGGCACCCUGCUUCCCCGGCUGCGUGGGCCGGCACAUGAUGCCUGCAUUGUCUUCACUUCCGGAAGUACUGGUGAGCCCAAGGCAAUCUGCUGGAGUCAUGAGACUGUCGCCGUUACAGCACUAGAGAUUGGAGCCCGAUUCCAUCUCUCCCCUCGUAGUCGUGUCUUCCAGUUCUCCUCGUAUGCUUUCGACGUCAGUAUCCACGAGACAAUGGCUACCCUCGUCCGCGGUGGCUGUAUCUGCGUGCCGUCUGAGCAGUCCCGACAGGAUGCGCUGGAACAGACGAUCGUAUCCUUCAACGCUUCCACCAUUAUCUUAACCCCGUCCGUGGCGCAGGUGCUGAACCCCCAGCAUAUGCCAUGUCUAGAGGCGGUAGUAUUCUGCGGUGAGCCGUUACCCAUGCACGUGGCGCGGGACUGGUCUAAGAGCAUGGCCGUAUACAACUGGUACGGUCCGGCCGAAUGCUCCCUGGCAACAUGCUGCCGCAUCGGGGAUUCUUGGCGAGCCGGGAGGAUUGGUGUGGGCGCCUCGACGUCAACAUGGAUCGUCCACCAUCAGGAUCAUGAUAUCCUGCAGCCAAUUGGCGCAGUAGGAGAACUGCUUCUCCAAGGCCCUUGCGUGGCGUCCCGGUACGCCCAAGAUAAGGCUGGUACCGUGCAAUCCUUCAUCAGUCCCCCGCGAUGGUGGCAGCAAUGUCGCCCUGCAGUGACAGGGACUCAGAUGUAUAAGACGGGAGACCUGGUACGGUACGCCGGCGAUGGAUCCCUCAUUUUGCUUGGCCGGAAGGAUAUGCAAGUAAAGGUUCGCGGCCAGAGGGUCGAGCUGGGGGAGAUUCAGGGGAGGCUCCAGGAAAUCCUCGGGGCAGAUACGGCCGUCACAGUGGACCUCGUUACCAUCCAAGAUCAUCCUGAAGUCCCCACGCUGGCGGCGUUUGUUCAAACCACCGCGGGAAACGAUAUCCCCCACAACAAUCACAUCGCAUCUGUGGAUUGGACCCACACCGUCCAGGCGCAACUCAGUGACACGCUGCCCACCUGGAUGGUACCCACGAUCUUUCUCAUCGUCCGACAGUUCCCCCGAACAUCCACGGGCAAAGUAGACCGCCGGACACUUCAAACACUUGGUGCCGCAUGGAUUCAUCGAUCCGUCAACACAGCAAGCAGUGUCACUCCUGGCGGGACGUGGGAACCGUCAAGUGAAGCAGAGGCUGUUCUUGGUGAGUUAUGGAUGAGGGUGCUCGGUCUUUCAACGGACCAGCUCACAUCCAACGCCCACUUCAUCCGUCUGGGUGGAAACUCGAUUGAUGCCAUGCAUUUGGCGGCUGCCGCUGGAAGUAUGGGAUACAGUCUCUCGGUCAGAGACGUCCUCAAAUGGCCGCGCCUAGCAGAUCUCGCACGACAUAUCCGGCGGGUGACCCCUGAAAACCCUGUAGCCGAGCAGCCAACUACCGCACCGUUCUCUCUGAUUCGCGACACCAUCGAUCUAGUGAUUGCCCGUCAUGAUGCUGCAUCCCAGUGUAGGGUGCGGCCCGAUCAGGUCGAGGAUAUGUUUCCCUGCACCGCGCUGCAAACCGCAUUACUAGCCUUGACUUCCAAGAAUCCAGGGGAUUAUGUCUCGCAGAAUAUCUACCAUAUCCAGGGAGACCUGGGUCUGUUCAAGUCAUCCUGGGAAGCCGUAGUAGCAUCAACCCCCGUUCUACGCACUCGAAUCGUGGAUCUGGGGAAAGACGAUUUCUUUCAGAUUAUCAUCGACGAGCUUGUGGAAUGGAACGAGGCAUACGAAACACUUGACGACUACUUGCACCACGACCAGCGUCUCCUCAUGGGCCUUGGUACUUCGCUCGUCCGUUGGGGAAUUCUCCCUGGACAACGCGACAGUUCUUCCUCAUUCACUUUCAUCUGGACCAUCCACCAUUCAUUGUAUGAUGGCUGGUCUUUCCGAGCGAUCCUGGAUCAAGUCGAGCGCGUGUACACAAAAAGGCCACUCGUGCCGACUGCUCCUUUCCAGGAGUUUAUCAAAUACGCCACGGAUCCAAAGAGGGAACUGGCCGCCACGAACUUCUGGAAGCAAAGGCUCGACGGUGCCGUGGCUCCCCAAUUCCCUAUGCUUCCAUCUUCGCAGUAUCAGCCGCGUGCAACAAGCACAAUGGAGUAUCGAGCCAGUCAGUCUCCGGCCGCAGGUCGAGCGAACCAUGCGAAUUAUACGAAUUACACUCUAACUACGCUCCUUCGGGCUGCGUGGUCGCUCGUCCUCGCACGCUACACCCGGUCUACCGACGUCGUUUUUGGAGCCACGGUCCUCGGUCGACAGGCGCACGUGCCAGGUAUUACCGACAUGAUCGGACCAACAAUUGCGACAACGCCCGUAAGGGUGCGUUGGGCAGAGGCCGACACAGUCCAGAAUCUUCUGCAGACGGUGCACCAAGAUGGUCUUGACAUGAUUCCCUUCGAGCAGCUCGGAUUGCAGAAGAUCCGUCGUCUCGGACCUGACCCCCACGAGGCGUGCAGGUUUCAGACAAUGCUGCUUGUUCAGCCCCCCAAGGAGCAAAGGCAGAAUUGUGCAGGGCUCUUUGACAAAUUCCAUGGGGAUGAGAGCUUUGGGGCUUUUAGCAGCACCGCACUCAUGCUUCGCUGCUCCAUAAGAAGCACCGCCGAUAAGAAACACAAUGACAUUAGCGACAUACGUUUUCAUCUUGAUUUUGAUCCGGCUGUGGUUGAAGAACAGCAAGCUCGUAGGAUCCUUUGUCAAAUGGACCACACGCUGUCGGAAUUGUCGUCCGCUUCACCGUCAACUCGGGUAGGCGAUCUGCAACUAUUAAACAAGUCUGAUUUAGAAACAAUUAUUCUAUGGAACAAGAAGACCCCCGAGCCCAUUUACGCGACUGUACCCGACCUUUUCCGGGAAAUUGUCCAACAGUUCCCGACCGCACCCGCUGUGCAUGCGUGGGACGCAGAAUUCUCCUACGAAGAGCUGGAUCGACAGGCCACCUAUGUCGCGCACCGUCUCGUAUCAUUAGGCUUGCAGAGCCUGCAGCGUGUGCCACUCUACUUUGAGAAGUCCGCUUGGACGGUCGUCGCUAUCCUCGGAGUCCUCAUGGCGGGUGGUACGGCGGUGUUAUUGGAGCCUAGCCAGCCCGAGGAGCGUCUCCGGCUCAUCGUGGACCGCAUCAAUGCGUCGCUCAUAGUUACAUCAGCGCGCAAUAAGGACUCUGCACGACGCCUUCUUCCAUCAUCUCCAGUUGUGGCGGUGGAUGAGUCUGUCGCGAAGUCAACAGCCCUCUCUGGGAUACUGCCUCCGCCGCGGAUUGACUCGUCUUCCCCUGUAUACAUCGUCUUUACCUCCGGCAGCACUGGAGUCCCCAAAGGUGUUGUUAUCACGCAUGGGAAUAUAUGCAGCGCUUUGAAGCAAAGGCAGUCCAUCCUGCCUUACGGACCUGGAGACCGUGUGCUGGAUAGCGUGUCGUACGCCUUUGAUGUAUGCUGGGGCAACAUCCUGUUCACCCUGUGCUCCGGCGCAUGUCUCUGCGUGCCAGCGACCCUCGAUGAUAUAGCGGUCUCUCUCAACCAGUUCCGUGUCACCGUGGUCGGCACCAUUCCGAGCAUUGCUCGACUGUUGGAUUGCAGCCAAUUUCCUACACUGAAAACGAUUAUCCUGGGAGGCGAGCCGGCCCACCUGGCUGAUCUGGAGGAUUGGGUACAACGGGUGGACGUCUUCAAUUCAUACGGGCCGGCCGAGUGCACGGUAUCUGUCUGCCUUGGCCGCCUGAACGGAGAAAACAGAGUGCAUAUUGGGCGUGGGAUGGGUGCAACCUUAUGGAUUGUCGAUGACACCACGAAUGAUACGUGCCUUGCAAGCAUUGGCAGUAUUGGAGAGUUAUGGCUGGAAGGCCCACAGGUGGGGUUAGGCUAUUUGGAGGAUCCAGGCAGUAGUGCAGCAGCUUUCAUCGAUGGUGACCCUGCAUGGCUAUCGGCGCUGCCAGCGUCGAUUCGCAGCAGAUUACCCACCCAACACAACCGGCGAUUCUAUCGGACAGGAGAUCUUGCGCAAUACUAUCCAGAUGGGGCGGUCCGGCUGCUCGGGCGCAGAGAUACGCAAGUCAAGCUCCGUGGCCAGAGGAUCGAACUUGAAGAAGUCGAGCAUCAUGUGAAGUAUCAUCUUCCCAAAGGCAUUGAACUCGCUGCUGAAGUGAUCGUUCCUCGAUCGAGCCCGAGCAGUCAAUUCCUCGUUAUGUUCGUGGUUCCCGAUCCCAACCGCGGUCUUCCAGAUGAUGCAAUUAGGGGACUCAUGCAAGCGAUUCGCGUAGAACUAGCACAGGUACUGCCCUCGUACAUGUGUCCGUCAGCAUAUGUCCCGCUUGCCAGGCUGCCCCGUGUUGCAGCUGGAAAGGUCAACCGGAGCAAGCUGCGAGAAAUUGGGGGAACGUUAACUGCCGAGGAACUGAGCCAGCCUAUGCAUCGACGCGCCGAUACGAAACGAGUGACGAGACCUCCUCGGACCUCUACGGAGAAGAAGCUUCGCGAAUUAUGGGCAACCACUCUGGGACUGGAGCCUUGUGCGAUUGAUGUGGAAGACAGUUUUCUCCAGCUUGACGGCGGCGACUCCAUCAGUGUCAUGCGGCUAGUCCGGCUGGCCCAAGAACAUGGCAUGAGCUUGAGCGCGGGCGAUGUGUUUUCACAUCCAAUGUUGUGUGAUCUGGCCGCCAUGGCAGUUUUUGGAGAAGCCUCCACAGAGACCGUUCGCCCAUUUUCGCUCUGGCAAGGGCCGUGGACGGUGGGUCGUUUGAGAGAGGAGGCUGCAGCACAGUGUGAUGUACGUCCGGCUCAGAUCGAGGACAUUUUUCCUUGCACGGCAUUGCAAGAAGGUUUAUUGGCACUCACUUCCAGAGACCCGAAUUUGUAUACAUACCGGGAAGUAUUCAAGCUUCAUGAUCAUAUUGACAUACCUCGCAUGCGGCAAGCGUGGGACAUCGUUGCGGACUCCAUGCCGAUACUGCGCACCCGGGUCAUUGACCUGCCACCCCAUGGCCUUCAUCAGGUCAUUGUGAAUGAGCCAAUUCCCUGGGACACCCAAGAUACGCCUCAACCGUUUAAAUUAGGCAGUCGGCUGGCGCACUGGGCUUUGAUCCGGAAAGGACAGUCAAUGCAACUCGUGUGGACUAUCCACCAUUCCUUGUAUGACGGUUGGUCAGUUCCCCGAGUCCUCAAGCAGGUGGAGCGAGCAUACUAUCAAGAACCCCUUGCGCCAUAUCUGUCCAUGCAGCCUUUCAUCCACUAUCUCUCUACUGUUGACGAAGCCGCGAGUCGAACGUUUUGGAACGGCCAGCUCGCUGAGUCGCCUCCUCCGUCUUUCCCAACUCUUCCCUCUGCCUCCUACGUCGCAAAUGCAACGGAAGGCUGUAGUUGUUUUCUUCCGGAUUUCCGGUGGCCAGUCGGCGUCGAUGUCACCCCAAGCAUCUGGGUUCGUGCCGCCUGGGCUCUGCUGAUCGGCCAUAUUGUGAACACCGACGACAUAGUCUUUGGAGCGACAGUCUCAGGACGCCAGUUGCCGAUAGCCAGAAUUCAGGAUGUCAUCGGUCCAACCAUUGCAACUGUCCCCGUGCGCGUCCGGCUUGACUGGGGCGCGUCAAUCCGGGAUUUUGUGUGCCAGCUUCAGCAUCAAGCAACAGAUAUGAUUCCAUUUGAACAAGUUGGACUGCACCGUCUACAUCGAAUUAGCGAAGAUUGCAAGCAGGGAAGUCAGUUUCGAACCCUGCUGAACGUCCAGCCGGCUCAGACUGAGUCUUCCACCACGCGUUUAUGGACGCGCAUGGACAACGAGCCAAACGGCCAGUUCGACAACUUCGCGUUGAUACUGGACUGCGAGCUUCGUAACUCCGGCGUUUUCCUUCAACUGGACUUUGAUAAGAAGAUCAUUUCGCCGAAACAGGCCGAGCGACUUGUCCAUCAGCUAGAAACCGUCCUGUUGCAGUUCAGUCGGAAGACAUUGGACCUGUCGAAACGCUUGGCUGAUUUCCACCCCAUCAGCCACCGAGACCUUCUGGAUAUUUGGCAGUGGAAUGCUGUCGUCCCUGAGGAAAUUACAGUUUGUCUGCACGAAAUGAUUCAUAAUCAUGUUGCCCAACGCCCUCAGGCGUUGGCAGUAGAUGCAUGGGACGGUCAAUUUACCUAUGGCACCCUUGACCAGCAUAGCACUAGCCUUGCAUCAUAUCUGCAGAAUGAGAAAAAAGCUAAAGUGGGACCGGGGACCGUGAUCGCGUUGUGCUUUGAAAAGUCAAAGUGGACCGUUGUUGCUGCGCUGGCUGUGAUGAAGACAGGCAGUGCGUUCACUCUGAUUGAUACCAGUCACCCUGAAGAGCGCCUGCACACCAUUGUCUCUCAAGUUAACCAACGUCUCGUUAUUUCCUCCGCGCUCAAUGCCGAUCUAGCCGCUAGACUUGCCGACGAGGUCGUGGUCGUCGAUCAUGAGAACGCCUCGCGCUGGCCGCCACCACGGCCUCCGCGCAUACGUGCGCUUCCAAACUCUGAGCUUUAUGUGGUCUUCACAUCCGGGAGUACCGGGACGCCCAAGGGCGCUGUGAUCACGCAUUCCAACUUCGCCAGCGCCGUGAAACACCAGGGUCCAUUCCUGGGCUACAAUACACAGACGCGUGUAUACGAUUUUGCAUCCUACAGCUUUGAUAUUGCCGUCUCGAAUCUGCUUCAUUGCCUGGCCGCGGGCGGUUGCUUGUGUAUCCCGUCCGAUGCCGAACGAAAGCACAGUCAGCUGGCCGAAUCGAUGAGGCGAAUGCAAGUAAAUCUGGUUGACCUUACACCCUCUGUGGCACGCACACUCGAUCCAACAGCUGUUCCUACCCUCAAGACGCUUGUUCUUGGUGGGGAGGCCGCUUCCCGGUCCGACAUUGUCAGAUGGGCACCUUACGUGCGGAUUCUGAACGGCAUCGGCCAGGCUGAAUGUACGGUAACAACAACCAUGGCCGAGAUGGAUCCUGCAGUUCCAGGAACACCUGGAAUUGGCAGGGCACUAGGGACCAAUACGUGGAUCGUCAGUCCAACGGACCACCACCAGCUCGCCCCCAUCGGUGCUGUGGGUGAGCUCCUCGUCGAAGGGCCCCUGGUGGGCGCCGGGUAUCUGAAUGAUGAAGUCAAGACCGCAGCAAGCUUUAUCUACGAUCCGCGCUGGCUGGGUUGCGCGCCCGCCCCCGGAGGAAAGGGCCGUCGCGGGCGACUUUAUAAAACAGGCGAUCUGGUUCGGUAUGACGCGGUAGGGGGGCUGCAAUUCGUCGGUCGAAAAGAUGCCCAGGUCAAGAUCCGCGGCCAACGGAUCGAGCUGGAAGAGGUUGAAUAUCAUGUGCAACGGCUGCUGUCGUCGAUGGCCAUGGAAGCAAGUGUUGCGGCCGAGGCACUGGUUCUCAGUGGAACACACAUACGUAGCGCAGUCUUGGCGGUAUUUGUCUGCCCAGAAACUCUACCCAGUUCAGAUGAUGACCCUGAUGAUGGGUUUCGCGCCCUCGAUCCGAGUUGCUUCCCUCCAUCCUGUAGGGACGAGUUGAAUGCUCGACUGGAGAGUGAGCUGCCGUCAGCCAUGGUGCCGUCCCUCUACGUGCCCGUGAAUCGCAUUCCUCUCGCGCCCACCGGGAAAACUGAUCGCAGGAGGCUCAAGGCAUUUGGCGCAUCCCUUACCGCUGAGGAUCUGGCAAAGCUUAGAGGGGUCAAGAACAAGCCGAAAAGGCCCCCAUCGACAGCAUCCGAGCGUCAAAUGCGGGGUUUAUGGGCGGAGAUUCUGGCAAUUCCCGCCGACUGUAUUGGCAUCGACGACAAUUUCAUCCAGCAUGGAGGAGAUUCUAUUUCCGCUAUGCGUCUUGUAUCCCUCGCAAGAGGUCGGGGUCUCUUUCUGGAUGCGAGAAAGCUCUUCACAUCCGCAUCAACUCUCGCGGACCUGUGUGCGAAGCCUAGUCAAGCCUCUUCACCAGCAACAGUGGGCCACCGGCCGCCGUUCAGUCAGCUGCAGACAAGUGAUAUCGCCGACUUUCUCAUGGCCAACAUCGCUCCGCACAUCGACUUCCCUGUCUCAAGUAUUGUCGAUGUUUUCCCCGUGACAGACUUCCAAGCGGAAUGCAUCAGUGCGGCAUUACAGCAGAAGCCGCCUUCAUACUGGAACUACUUCUACAUUGACCUCCCGAUGUCGAAUCUGACUAUUGGCGCCUUGAGCGCGGCCUGUCAGGCUGUAGCGAUGCAUCUUCCCAUCUUGCGUAGCGUGUUCGUGCCCUACGACGGUGAUUUUUUGCAAGUAGUCACGAAAGACCAGAUCCCGGACUUUGUGUGGGUUCGGAGCACGGCCGAAGAUAUAGCUACGGCCUCCACGAGGCUUGCGAGGGAAGACUGGUUGAAAUCCAAUGUUAGGCCAGGCACCCUCUUUUCUCGCUUCAUGCUCGUACUGGCCGACGAUGAGUCUAGGGGGGCGAGAUUGAUCAUACGCAUGUCUCAUGCGCUUUAUGAUGGAAUCAGUCUCGGCCUGCUGCUGCACACCAUCGUAGCGGCUAUCGAAGGGCGGCAGCUACCUUCUGUUGGGUCCUUUGCGUCAUUUGUUCAGCAUUCUUUCUCCAUGAGAGACGAGGCCACUCGGUACUGGGGCAAGCUUCUGUCUGGGUCGUCAAUGACUGGGAUCCCGCGCGCGCCCUUGGCCAACGAUGUCGGCGAAAGUACCCCAUACACAAUAAGAAAUACCGUGAGAUGGCAGACGCCGCUACCAGAAGGAAUCACUGCCGCGACAUUCUGCACGGCCUGUUGGGCCGCAGUGAUGGCGUUCACGACGCAGCAAGCCGACGUUGUGUUCGGGCGGCUUGUCUCCGGGCGAGGAGCCACUCUUGGUGUCAUCACCGAUCCUGUCGCAGGGCCAUGCGUCAAUGUGGUCCCUGUCCGAGUGCAAUGGCCCCCGAGCAACGGUCGCAAAUUAUAUUCACCGCACGAAGUCCUUGCUACUAUCCAGCAGCAACAGCUCGAUGGGUUGCCGUUCGAAUCCACCGGACUGUCGCAGAUUAUCAAGUCGUGCACGAAUUGGCCUGCAGAUGCGGCCUUUGGCUCUGUUUUCCAGUACCAGAAUAUCGACGAGACUCCGUCCGCUUCAUUGAACGGUGCUCCGGUCCAACUGGACGUUAUACCCAUGAACUUCUGGCCCAAGCAACUCUGGGUAUUGGUCAAGCCGCUCGCUCAGGAGAUUGAGGUUAUCCUGUUUGGUACGACAGCUAUUAUGGCGCAAGAACACGCACAGCUACUUGGAGAUCGGUUUUGCAAGUAUGUGGAAAUGGGGGGCAAACUGCAAGAAAUGUAG